AUGGUAGCCAUUUUCCAGAUGGAGGAGAAAAGGGGAGCUGGAGCAGCAGAUAAGAACGGAGUCAGCAGAAAGGAACGAGGUCUCCCCAGCAACACCAAUGGCAAUGCUUGCGUCACAUAUAAACAUAAACCGCAGGCAGAGGCAGGCCUCACAGACACAAUUCAGGGACUAUUGGACGCUGGAGUAUUGGAGCAUUCCACUUCCAGUUGGAAUACUCCCAUACUCCCGGUUGAAAAACAAAGUACUGGUAAAUAUCGUAUGGCACAUGAUCUCAGACGUAUUAACGCUGUGGUUAGCACCCCUACAGUUCCGGUACCUAAUCCGUACACGGCUCUCACCGCACUCCUUCCCUCACAUCAGUGGUUCUCUUGUAUCGACCUAGCUAACGCCUUUUUCUGCCUGCCGCUGGCCUCGCACUUACGUGAUAUCUUCUCUUUUACAUACGGUUCUACCCACCUGCGAUACAGUCGUCUUCCACAGGGGUUCAUACUUUCCCCUGGUAUUUUUAACCAGGUGUUGAAAUCUCAACUGAUGGGUUUGUCACUCCCAGACGGUGUGGCAAUUGUACAAUAUGUAGAUGACAUUCUGAUUGCCGCUCCCGAUCCUGCAUCUUGCCUAGAAGCCACCCGGUCCCUCCUACUGCGCCUCUCCGAUUGCGGGUUCAAGGUCUCACGUACCAAGCUACAGUGUUGCCGUCAGCAGGUCUCUUUUUUAGGAAGAGUGAUUUCAGCCAAGGGUACGGCUAUGUCGGCGUCACACAGGUCCACUAUAUUAUCACAUCCCAAGCCACACACUGUUAAAGACAUGCUGUCAUUUCUCGGUCUUACAGGCUACAGUCGCCACUACAUUCCUUCUUAUUGUGAACUUACCAAACCUCUACGGGCUAUGGUCAAUGAGCAAGGAAUGAGAAACCUCUCAGCGCCACUUAAUUGGUUGACAGACGCUGAGGCCCUAUUCAUUCGUCUAAAACAAGAACUGUCUAGUGCUGCAGACUUAGCAAUCCCCGACUACAGACUUCCUUUCUUUCUUGAUGUUUCUGAAAAGGCCUCCUCUGUGUCUGGAGUCCUGUUUCAGAAAAAAGGGGGAGGCAGACAGGUUCUGAUGUAUGUGAGUGUGACUCUCGACCCUAUGGAGGACAGACAACCACCAUGUACUCGACAUGCAGCAGUGGCGAAGAUUUUGCAAAAGGUGGCACACAUAGUGAUGGGUCAUGCACUGACAGUAUUAACAACACACAGUAUAGUGGCAUACGUGAACUCUGCAGCAUUCACUAUGACUUCCCUCAGACAAAACAGACUGGACAGCAUUUUGAGUGCACCACACAUCACUUACACACACGACGGCAUAAACAUGGCAGAAGGGAUCAGAGAAGGUGAGCCGCAUACAUGUGAGGAAAGAGUUAAAAAAGACACAAAGGUGAGAGACGGGUUAUACGUUGAACCACUGCUGCAUGCUCAGGAAACAUUAUUUACAGACGGUUGCUGCUUCAAACACCCACAGGAAGGACUGAAAGCAGCCUAUGCAGUGGUACGCAGAAAGGGUGAGAUGUUUGAGGAAGUGAAGGUAGGGCGAGUGACAGGAAAAGAGUCAGCACAGGUAGCAGAGCUGCAGGCAAUGAUCGCAGCGUUAGAGUGGGCAGAGAAUAAAGUUGUAAAUAUUUAUACAGAUUCAGCUUAUGUAGUGGGAGCCAUCCAUGUAGAAAUGAUUCAGUGGCUCCGAGCGGGGUUCCUUACCGCAGCAGGCACCCCUAUUAAACAUGAGAAAGAAAUGAGACAGCUGUUGAAUGCAUUGCAGAAACCGAAAGAGGUAGCUAUCAUGAAGUGUAAAGGCCAUGACAAAGGUACUUCUAUGAUAGCGAGAGGUAAUGAAGCCGCGGAUUUGGCGGCCAAAAGAACAGCUGGAUAUGUUCCUCAAUACGUGAUGGUACAGACUGAACUGAUUCAUGAUAUGUUACCACCAUGUGAUGUAAAUAUGAUAAAGAAGGAACAGGAAAAGGCAACACCAGAGGACAGACAGCUUUGGGUGGAGAGAGGAGCACUGUCUACAGAAGGAAUAUGGCGGGCUCCCGAUGGGAGACCUGUGUUGCCUCCUAGCCUAGCGUCCACCUUGAUUGCAGAAGCCCAUGGGCUCACACAUGUAGGAAAGACACAGACUUUGAGAAAUCUUACUCACUGGUGGCAUCCACAUCUACCUGGAUUGGUAGAAAGACAUAUAAGAGACUGUGAGGUGUGUACCACCUAUAAUGUGAGACCCACCAUGAAACCACGUGAGGGGAAAUUUCCUCUCCCCAGGUAUCCUGGCAGAGAAAUCAUAAUUGACUAUACGGAUAUGGGUGAUAGAGUCCGUGGGUAUCGCUAUCUCUUGGUGGCGGUGGAUGCAUACACUGGCUGGCCAGAGGCAAUACCCACCAAGGCAGAAGAUGCCAAGACAGUGGUUAAGUUUUUGAUUAACCACUAUAUCUCCUUUCAUGGGUUCCCUGCCAGGAUACGCACAGACAAUGGAACUCACUUUAAGAACAAAGACUUGAGAGGGGUAGAGAAGCUGUUGGGGCUCCAACAUGCUUUUGGAACUGUAUAUCACCCUCAGUCUCAGGGGAAGGUGGAAAGAAUGAACCAGUCCAUCAAGGCAAAAAUUGGCAAAAUUAUGACCUCUACAAAGAUGAACUGGGUGGACAGCCUGCCAUUGGCACUGCUGUCAAUUCGCAGCUCAGUGAAUACAACUACAGGAUUCACUCCUUUUGAGCUGCACACAGGGCGCCAGUUUCCGGGACCGGGAGCUGGAAUUGCUAGCAAUGAGAUAAGUGACAUACCUGUGCAGUAUAAACCAUAUUAUGACCAACUAAAAGCUUUGGUGUCAGCUUUCUCACAACAGGUAGGACACCGAGAGGGCGAGGAAAACAAGGAGCUGGAGGCCCCUACCUCUGAGUGGGUGCUCCUGAAAGUUUUCAAAAGGAAGUGGUCCGAGCCCCGGUGGUCCGGACCGUACAAAGUGGUGGAGAGGACAUCUCACGCAGUGAGGUUGAGAGGAAAGGGCGACACCUGGUAUCAUUGGAGCCAGUGUGCAGCAGCUGAGUCCCCGGUGAGGACAAGGAGACAGUGUGAGGAGGAAGGUUUGUAGUAUCAACACCUGCGGAAAGGCAGCACCAGG